UAUAAAGUAAAAAUAAAUAAAAUAGUAAAGUAUAGUUUAACAAAGUUCAAAACUGUAACAAGCUAGGUCUGAAGGAUAGAAUAUAUGUAUAGUAUGCAAAUCAACACUGACUGAACCACGCUGACCCAAUUUAUGGUCAGUGGCGUGAGAGCCUAGAACUUGGUGAGACAUUUACUGUUAAGUCUGUCUUAAAAGGUGUUCAUGUGCAAAAAUCGGUGCAUUGAUAUCAAGAUAAAUAAUAAAAAUUGGAUUAAUUCAUAAUCGUACGUCUAUGUUGCAAAAACGGAUAGUAAAAAAUUGAUUGUAAUGUUAAUGUGAUAUUCUAAAAGGAAGAUUAGGUUAAGUUUAAUACACAUGUUUUUGUGUAUUAUAUGUAAUGUUCAAAGCUUGGUGAUGAUUGGUGUUAAUUACUGUUCAACGAUAAAAUAAACUCAUGAGUAUGAGAAGUGCGUCUUGGUACUCAGUUUCCAAGACGUUUGCAAUUGGAAAAAACCAAGAUAGCGUUAGAUAUCGUGUAGGCCAACGUGUCGUGGCUGUCACGAGACUGAACUGUUACGAGAGUAUGCUGCAUAACAUUUUAUUUAGAGUAAUUAUAUAUUUAUCAAUUCAGCAAACUCUUGUACUACGCCAUAUAUUUGGAAGGGGGACUUUUUUAGUCUGUGAUUGAUAAUUUGCUUUCUAGAGAAAUUAUUUUUCGUAUUUUUACUAUUGUAAUUCUUAUUAUUAUAUAUUUUAAAAAAGCCAAUAAUUAUUGUAUUUGGAGUAUCCUGAGAAAUUAGGAAUGACUGAAAAGCCAAAAAUUAUCAGAGUGUUUUUUAAAAAUUUCUUAAUAAAGUAAAUAAAAAAAAAACCAUACACCAUCAUGGCCAUUGGAAGUGUAAUUUGUGGAGCUAACACUCCAAAAACAAAAAGAAAAAAAAUAAAGUCUCAAGAACGAAGCUGGAUUGAAGGAACAUUUCAGAAGCGAGAAUGUAUGAAAUUUAUACCUAGCGCAAAAGAUGAACACAGGUUCGAAGAAGUACAGGGAGAUAAACGCGCUGAAUACGACGUAAUAACUUCUUCCAGAUGUUGUUGUGGGCAUUCGUAUACACAUCAUUGCGGUACCGGAGCGGAUGUGCAAAAUUAUGUGACCGGAAAUGCAGCAGAAAUUGAACGGGACCAAUGGACACCUGGAAAAAAUACACGUCCUUUACCUACUGAUGCAUAUGGUACAUUAGAAUUCCAAGGUGGUCCACAUCCUAUGAAAGCUCAAUAUAUUAGAUUGGCCCAUGAUACUCGACCAGAACCGAUAGUUCAACUUUUACGCCGGGAAUGGAAUUUAGGUUUGCCUAGACUUCUAAUAACAGUUCAUGGUGGACGAUCUAAUUUUGAGCUUCAACCAGCUUUAAAAAAGGUUUUACGUAAAGGACUCUUAAAGGCUGCUAAGACAACUGGAGCAUGGAUAUUUACAGGGGGAACUAAUACUGGUGUAACACGACAAGUUGGGGAUGCUCUAUUAUUGGAGCGGUCACAAAGGCAAGGUCGCGUUGUUAGCAUAGGAAUUGCACCGUGGGGAAUACUAGAGAAAAGUCAUGAAUUAAUAGGACGUGGAAAGGAAAUUUCUUACGAUUCAAUUUCUUCGCCAUGGUCAAAAUAUGCAGUAUUGAAUAAUCGUCAUGCUUAUUUUUUACUCGUUGAUAACGGCACGGGAGGUCGUUAUGGAGCUGAAAUAGUUUUGCGCCGAAAACUUGAAAAAUAUAUAUCAAAUUUAAAACUGCAACCAUAUACUCACAGCAGUAUUCCAGUAGUAGCAUUAGUGAUUGAGGGUGGAACCAAUACUAUCCGAUCAGUACUCGAAUAUGUAACUGAUAAUCCACCGGUUCCAGUGGUAGUGUGUGAUGGAUCGGGUCGUGCAGCUGAUCUUAUUGCUUUCAUGCAUAAGUAUGCUGUUGAAUAUGAUUCAGAAAGUGGUAGUGAUAGUCACUUGGAAAGUAUGAAAGAGCAUUUGUUAGAAACAAUUAAACAUACCUUUAAAGUUUCACCUGAGCAAGCUGUUCAAUUAUAUUCAGAAUUACUUCAAUGUACUCGUAAAAAACAUUUAAUAACUGUAUUUAGGAUAACACAAGAUCUUCCUCAAGAACUAGAUCAAACUAUUUUAACAGCAUUAUUUAAAUCUCAACAAUUAUCUCCAACAGAACAAUUAUCAUUGGCUUUAAUAUGGAAUCGAGUUGACAUUGCUCGAAGUGAAAUAUUUGUUUAUGGUCAAAAAUGGCCACCAGGUGCUUUAGAUCAAGCAAUGAUGCAAGCUUUACAACAUGACAGGAUUGAUUUUGUCAAGCUAUUGCUUGAAAAUGGUGUAUCAAUGAGAAAAUUUUUAUCUAUACCACGUCUUGAAGAGCUUUACAAUACAAAAGACGGGCCAUCAAAUACUCUUGGGUAUAUUCUUCGAGACGUAAGGCCACAUAUUCCACAAGGGUAUAUGUAUACUCUUCAUGACAUUGGUUUAGUCAUUAACAAGUUAAUGGGCGGCGCUUAUCGAUCUCAAUACACUCGCAGAAAGUUUCGAAUGAUUUAUGUUAAAGUAAUGAAACGUUCUGGUCAUCCAUCAACUCAUCGUAACAGUACUGCCAUUGGAGUUCCUCGAUAUUAUUCAGGAUUAGGUGAAAAAUCACAUGGUUUAACAAUGAGUUUAUUAGCCGAAACUCUACCUGCCGAUCGAGAUACUCCACUUUUUGAUUAUCCUUUUAAUGAAUUACUUAUAUGGGCUGUGCUUACAAAACGACAACAAAUGGCACUUCUUAUGUGGCAGCAUGGUGAAGAAGCGUUAGCAAAAGCUCUGGUAGCUUUGAAGCUUUAUAAAGCUAUGGCACAUGAAGCUGCUGAAGAUGAUCUUGAAACAGAAGUUUAUGAUGAACUUCGUGGUUAUGGAAAAGAAUUCGAAAAUAUUGCUUUAGAACUUUUGGACUACUGCUAUCGUCAGGAUGACGAUCAAACUCAACAAUUAUUAACUUCUGAACUUCAAAAUUGGUCAGGUCAAACUUGCCUUUCUCUUGCAGUGACAGCUAAUCAUCGACCAUUACUUGCACAUCCCUGUAGUCAAAUAAUAUUAGCUGACUUGUGGAUGGGUGGCCUUCGAACUCGAAAAAAUACCAAUUUAAAGGUAAUUCUUGGUUUAGUAUGUCCUCUAUACAUAAUACGAUUAGAAUUCAAAACCCGUGAAGAGCUACAGCUAAUGCCUCAAACUCAAGAAGAACACUUGAUAGCUCUAGAAGAUGAAAAUGAAGAGAGCGAGCCAGAACAAGGUGCACCUACUGGUCCAGAUGUUGAGAAACGUCCACGCAGGAGUAUCAGUAUUUCCAACAAACCCGGAAGCCUGCAAGGCAUUAAGGCUUUAAUAAGUAAUGAAAAUACAACUACAGCCAAAGAAACAAUUGUUCAAGAAAAUGGCAAAGUACUUGCAGACAAUGAUGAUAAUUUUCAUCGACCUUACGAAAUUUUACCAGAAUAUUAUGAUAACAAAACAAGUAGACCUUUACGUUUUAAGAAAAAAUUGUGGGAAUUUUAUACAGCACCGAUAACUAAAUUCUGGGCAAAUGCUAUAGCGUAUAUCCUAUUUUUAAUUUUUUUUUCAUACUCAAUUCUCAUUCGAAUGGGAGAUCGUCCUACUUGGCCCGAAAUUUAUGCAAUUGCAUACAUAUGUACUUUAGGAUGUGAAAAAGUACGAGAAAUUGUCACAUCUGAACCAGCAACAUUAGCACAUAAAUUUAGUGUAUGGUCUUGGAAUAUGUGGAAUCCAUGUGAUGCCGCUGCAAUUAUUUUUUUCCAUAUUGGACUAAUACUUAGAUUACGUCAAUCGACCCUGGAUGUUGGUCGAGUGAUCUAUUGCGUUGAUAGUAUUUAUUGGUAUCUUCGAAUUUUGAAUAUACUGGGAGUUAAUAAAUAUUUUGGUCCUUUAGUCACGAUGAUGGGAAAAAUGGUAAAGAAUAUGAUCUACUUUGUUGUUCUUUUACUGGUGGUGCUGAUGAGUUUUGGAGUAGCACGACAAGCUAUUUUAAAUCCAAACGCCAAACCAAAAUGGCGUAUCCUUCGAGAUAUAUUCAUGGAACCAUAUUUUAUGCUUUACGGUGAAGUGUAUGCUGAUAAUAUUGAUCCAGAUUGUGGAGAUGAACCUGGAAUGAUUCCAUGUUUACCAGGUCGAUGGAUAACUCCAGCAGUGAUGUCAAUGUAUUUGUUAGUAGCUAAUAUUUUGCUCAUUAAUCUUCUAAUUGCUGUAUUUAAUAAUAUCUUUAUUGAAGUAAAUGCAGUAGCACAUCAAGUUUGGAUGUUUCAAAGGUUUACGGUUGUUAUGGAGUAUGAACAAAAACCUGUUUUACCUCCACCAUUAAUUGUCAUAAAUCAUAUAUAUUUAUUAGUAAAGUACAUAAUGAGAUACAUAACUCAACAUGAAAUGCGUUCAGUAGAAACAUACGAUAAUGGUUUAAAGCUUUUUCUCGAAGCUGAUGAUAUGGAACGCCUGUAUGAUUUUGAAGAAGAUUGUGUUGAGGGAUAUUUUAGAGAGCAAGAAUUAAAGUUACAAAUGUCAACUGAAGAGCGUGUAAAACUAACAACAGAAAGAGUGGAAAAUAUGUACCAAAAGAUAGAGGAUAUUGAUAAAAAAGAACAUAAUCAACAUGCAUCUUUACAAUCUGUAGAAUUUCGUAUUCGUAAAUUAGAAGAGUUAAAUGAACAAACAUUAGCACAUUUAGGUGUAAUCCAUCGAUUUAUGGCAACCCAUAUGCCUGGAGAAAAUUUUUCUAAUUUAGAUCUUGAAGUACGAUCAAGAAGGGUAUCAGAAAGAUCCGAAGUAGUAUCCGAUGCUGAGUCUCAUACACACAUACCAAAUUUAUUACGUCAAAAAAAAUUAAUACGAUCUUUAACAGAUGCAACUGUACUUCAUAGUCCAUUUGUAGAUGAUGAUACUUUAAAACAAUCGGAAACAUCACGAGAGAACCUUAGUAGAAAUGAAUCUUCAUCUAGUGGAGAUAUUCCAACAACUGGACCAGAUGAGAAAAAAAAUGUGACAACUAGUCAAGAAGAGAGUGGUGAAAGUAAAGACAUCCCUGAACCUGAACCUGGAGUUUUAAAACCAAAACCCGAAGUUGAAAGAGAUACAAGUAGUGACAUACCUAUGUCAGAAAUGCGACAGGAUUCGUCUGAACGUCCAACGCGACAAAGUAGCCGAACUCGUUCAGAGUCUGAAGAUGCCGUACUUUUAGCAUCUUCUGGACAACGAGGAGUUAAAUGGGCAGAACCCAAAGUAGCUAUGAUUCAUCCAAAUUCUACUGGUUCUAAUCAACGAUCACUUUUAUUAGCUAUGAGAGCUGAAUACACAAGCAUUACUGAUGAAUUAGAAAGUUAUUGUGGACUUUUAAGUCCUCCUCGAACUCCUCCAGUUUCUCCACCUCCAAAUAGAUCCAAAAAUUUUUCAGAAAUGAAUCCUGAAAUGGCCUUGCAAAUUGAAAAUGAGCAUUUACGUGAUGCGGAAGAAUGUGAUUAUCAACAAAUGGAAGAUCUUAUUCAUCGACGAUAUAUGGAAAGUAGUGAUGAAGAUUCUGAAAAUGAAGAUGCUCCUAAGACUAAACUUUACUUAACUAAUGAACAUCGAAUUCUACGACGAUCAUCGGCUAUUGAUGAAGAUACUCGAAGACCUCCACCUACUAUAAGCGUUACUAGAGAAAUUGAACAAACAUUAUCAAGGCCAUCAGCUAUGCGAGAUUCAAAUAUUUCUGAUAAUAAUGAUAAAAAUAUGACGAAUGGGCCGGCUCCAGCUUCCGAGACAAUGUGUUAAUUCAAUUUCAAUUAUUGAUGAAAAUGUCUGGAAAAUAAUUCAUUUAUAUCAUUAUUUCCAAUACCAAAGUAAGUUGUAAUUAUAAUUAUUUAUUUUUUGAGCGAGUAUUUUUAUUAUUUUA